CAGAGGAGGAGCAGAGGAGGAGCAGAGGAGGAGGACAUGGAGCAGAGCGUCAUCUACCUGACCCACUGUCAGAAGGAGAUCUUCUGCUUCUCCGUACCUGAGGUGUGUCCGAGCUGUGGGGAGGAGCUGCAGGGCCGCAGGCUGCAGGAGGCGCCGGUGAGCAUCCCCUCCCCCUUCACAGACGGACACAAGACCUCCUGCUGCCUGCUGGUCGCUCCUGCACACAACAACCCGGACAGCGACUUCAGCGGGACGUCAGAUCUGCACACCGGCAUCUCCAACACUAAAGGUGUUGUUUAUAACUACACUCAAGAUGGCGUGCGGCGAGAUCAGAGCGGCUGGAGUCACUGUGUGUGUAUCCCGCUGGUCCGACCCGACAUGUUCCACCUGCUGGCUCAGUGGGACGUUUACCUGGAGGGCUUCUCUGUGGGACCCACGUGGGACCCUGUGUGGCAAAAGUUCCAUGAAGAUGAGCACAACUGCUUCAGCUUCUGUCUCCAGUUCCUGAACAGCGUCCUGGCGGUGGAGGGUCGGAGCGCUCUGAGCCGAGAAGACUUCAUCCGCAGCUUCAUCCUGCCGAGGAUGAGGAGGGUGUCCAAGUACAGCACGGUGAUCCAGCACCUCCAGAAGCACCAGUUCUACCUGGUGGACAGACAGGAAGAGUCCGUGCCCUCCAGUUAAACCGGUCUCACCUGGACGUUAACCUUCCUGCCGGCCUGAAACAAGCAGAUUCCCGGUAACCAGCGAGACAAACAGGACGGCUGGUCCAGUUCAAACAUUCCAGAAUCAGAACCAUUCGGCCGCAGCGCUCUCAGCCUCCAGACAUCUGGCACUAAAAUAUCAGCAGAAGGUUUAAUGUAGAGGAAGGAGGCUGUGGAGGUGCAGCAUGAACAUUUAGUUCCACAUUUCUACCAGUAAAGCCAGUUUACAGCUGCUGUGACUGGUUCAACGCCGCCGUGUGAC